AACACCCCACCCCCACCAAGGCAAGUCAGCAAAAACCUAGCUUGACAAAACUCCAUUGGAGUCGCACAAUGUCUGCUUCACAGCACUAGAAUUUGGCUCCAUUUCAGUAUUUCCUUUCUCCUUCUGUAAUGGCGCAUGGAGGUUAUGGGAAACGCAGAGUCCCUGAAGCUAAUAGUAAUAGAAACAGGCGACCCAAAUCAUUAGGUGUUGAGAAGAAGUCUAAGUCUAAGGCUGUUUCAAUCAAAAAUCAAAUUCGUUCCGUCGAACGCAUGCUCCGUAAAGAUUUGCCUCCUGAGAUUAGAGAAGUUCAAAAACAGAAAUUGGAGGAACUCAAAAAGCAGCAAGAGCUUCAGAAUCGUCUGGCUGUAGAACGCAAAAUAUUUCUUCGCAACAGGAAGGUUAAAUUUUUUGAUAGAAGAAAAAUAGAGAGAAGAAUAAGACGUUUGGAGAAACAACAGCGCACUUCAUCUUGUAAGGCCCAAGAAACAGAAAUUGCUGAACAACUUGCUAAAUUGAAAGAGGACCUUGAAUAUGUUCGGUUCUUUCCCAAGAAUGAGAAAUAUGUAUCCUUGUUUUCGGGAGGUGAUGAGCAAGAUAUUGUUGACAAAAGAUGUAAAUUACGGGAGCAAAUCAAAGCCAAUAUAGUUGCUGCUGCCGCAAGUGGGAAAGAUUUGGAAGAAACAGGGAGCGAAGACGAUGGGCUUCUUGAUUUAAGCGAUGAUGAUUUCUUUGAAAGUGGAAGCUCAAGUGAUGAUGCUGAUGACGAGUGGACUGAUAAAAGUGCAAGAGAACAAGCUUCUAGUGCAUCUGGCAAAGCAGCUUCUAGCAUGUCCAGUGAUGAAAAGAAUCAGAAGCAAAUAUCUGCCCGUGCUCUAAUGCCGCCACCUCGUCCUUCGAGCAAGUCUUUUAGUCAUUCAGCAAAUAAAAAAUCAAGGUUUGGAGGAUCUACAAGUAAGAAAUCGUCUUUCCGUGAUAUGUCAACCUCCAGCAACACAUCAGAUAGCUUUAAUAGAUCUACAUUCAGAAAAGGAAGACCUGCAGAUUCACUCACAGGCAACAGUGGGAAUAUCAGCUCCAACUCUGAUGCUCGAAAACCCCGAAGAAAGAGGAGACCAAAGAAGAAGAAACAACAGGCUUGAAUCAAGUUUCCAUAGCUCCAAAUACAUUUGUUGUACCAGAGUUGUGAGGACAGUUGAAAUGCCUCUUUAAAUAUUUCAAAGAAUUAGAUAGCAAGUUUCCAUAUAUUUAAAUGACAUUUGUUUGAUACUGUCUUCAUUUUACUAUUGUAAUUACUGCUUUAAUGUUACUAUUGUCUUCAUCCAACCUUACAAAGUUACCCAAUUUUCUCUAAA